GCGGCUGCGGGAUUUCCUGUGAGACAGUUGUCUAGGAGACUGCAGAUAACAGUUGUGCCGGAGCCGUAGGGAGCGUUCCGGGGCUGCGGCCUGUGUUAGGGAAAGUGAGACUGCCGGGCCGUAGGGAAAGCUGUGUGGGCACGGAACAUGCUGCCGCUCUAGCGAUUGCCGUCCCUCCAGAAGUCUGCAGUUCGCUGACACCUUUUCCCGACGCAGUGACCUUUGUGGCUUCUGCUCGCUGGAAACCAGAAUGUCCAAGUCCAAGAGCUCUGAAUCGGUGCGGGUUGUGGUUCGAUGCCGGCCAAUGAACAGCAAAGAGCUGGCCGCCGGCUACGAAAGGGUCGUUGAUGUGGACGUAAAACUCGGGCAGGUAGCAGUGAAGGUCCAUAAGGGAGCUGCCAACGAGCUGCCCAAAACAUUCACGUUUGAUGCAGUUUAUGACUCCAACUCAAAGCAAGUGGAGCUUUAUGAUGAGACGUUCAGGCCGCUGGUGGAUUCCGUCUUGCUUGGCUUCAAUGGCACCAUUUUUGCCUACGGACAGACAGGAACAGGAAAGACCUACACGAUGGAGGGAGUGCGUAUUGACCCAGAGAAGAGAGGGGUGAUCCCCAACUCAUUUGAGCACAUAUUUACUCACAUCUCAAGGUCGCAAAACCAGCAGUACCUGGUCAGAGCCUCCUACUUAGAGAUCUACCAGGAGGAAAUCAGAGACUUGUUAUCUAAGGAUCAGAGCAAACGCCUGGAGCUGAAAGAGAGGCCUGAUACUGGGGUGUACGUCAAGGACUUGUCUUCCUUUGUUACCAAGAGUGUGAAGGAGAUUGAACAUGUGAUGAAUGUAGGGAAUCAGAACCGCUCUGUUGGAGCCACCAAUAUGAAUGAGCACAGCUCUCGCUCACACGCGAUCUUCAUGAUUACGAUUGAGUGCAGUCAGAUUGGUUUGGAUGGAGAAAACCACAUCCGUGUUGGGAAGCUUAACUUGGUAGACUUGGCAGGGAGUGAGAGGCAAACAAAGACUGGAGCCCAAGGAGAGCGGCUUAAAGAAGCAACCAAGAUUAAUCUCUCUCUCUCUGCUCUAGGAAAUGUUAUCUCUGCCCUGGUUGAUGGGAGAAGCACUCACAUACCGUACAGGGAUUCCAAACUCACCAGAUUACUGCAGGACUCGCUCGGUGGAAAUGCCAAGACUGUCAUGGUGGCCAAUAUAGGGCCGGCCUCCUACAAUGUGGAGGAGACACUGACAACUCUGCGCUAUUCUAACCGAGCCAAGAAUAUCAAGAACAAACCAAGAGUGAAUGAAGACCCCAAGGAUGCAUUAUUGAGGGAGUUCCAGGAAGAGAUUGCAAGGCUGAAAGCGCAGCUUGAGAAAAGAGUUGGAGUUAAAAGGCGAAGAAGGGGAAGAAGAAGAACCCCAGGGGGGGAGGUGGAAGGAGAUGAGGAUGAGGAAGGAGACUUAUAUGAAGGGGAUGAUGUUUUGGAGGAUAAAGAAGAUUAUUGGAGGGAGCAGCAGGAACGGCUGGAAAUUGAGAAGAAGGCCAUUUUGGAAGAUCAUAGUUUGGUAGCAGAAGAAAAGCUGAAGUUACUAAAAGAACAGGAAAAGAAAAUGGAUGAUCUGAAAAGAGAGCGUGAAGCCAUGGAAAUGCUUAGUGCCAAAGUCAAGGCAAUGGAGAGCAAGCUGCUUGUUGGAGGGAAGAACAUUGUGGAUCACACAAAUGAGCAGCAGAAGGUUCUGGAGCAGAAGAGACAUGAGAUUGCGGAACAGAAAUGCCGCGAGCGGGAGAUUCAGCAGCAGAUGGAGAGUCGAGAUGAGGAGACCCUGGAGCUGAAGGAGACGUAUAGUUCACUGCAGCAAGAGGUCGACAUAAAGACCAAAAAACUGAAAAAGCUCUUCUCCAAACUACAGGCUGUGAAAGCUGAGAUCCAUGACCUGCAGGAAGAGCACAUCAAGGAGAGGCAGGAACUGGAGCAGACCCAGAAUGAACUCACUAGGGAGCUAAAGCUCAAGCACCUUAUCAUUGAGAACUUUAUUCCACUGGAGGAGAAGAAUAAGAUGAUGAACAGAUGUUACUUUGAUGAAGAGGAGGAUCAGUGGAAACUGCACGCAAUCAGCAGGCUAGAUAACCAGCAGAUGAUGCGGCGCCCAGUGUCAGCCAUAGGCUACAAAAGACCGUUAUGCCAACAUGCCAAAAUGUCCAUGAUGGUCCGUCCUGACUCCAGAUACAGGGCUGAGAAUAUUGUUCUGCUGGAGCUGGAUAUGCCAAGCCGCACAACGCGGGAUUAUGAGGGCCCUGCUAUUGCCCCCAAAGUUCAGGCUGCCCUGGAAGCUGCUCUGCAGGAUGAAGAUGAUAUACAAGUAGAUGCAUCGACAUUCGAUAGUACAGCCAUUAAAAGAACAAAAGCAAGACCCAAAAGCAGCCGACGACCUGGAGCCAAUGGAAGCUCAUCUGGAUCCCCGCUCUUCCCUCAGUCACGAGGCCUAGUACCCAAAUAACCCCAGGCACCCUGAGAAAGGAAAUGCCUCUGCUUUAGCGAGGGCAGGCUGUAUGUAUCUCAGGCACAAUCACUGGACUCAUGAAAUAGCAGAGACUGGACACGUGGUGGCCAGCUGGGCCCAGGCCUAUCACCAGUGUGUGUUUUCUGCAUGGCUGCAAAAUGGCACUUUCCCUGGCAAGGUGGGGGUGACACUAAGGUGGUACCUUAUUUAGAAAAGGUUGGUGACUCUUGUGUACGGCUGCAUCCCCUUGGAGUGAGCCGACAACCUAUCAGGCUAUGUGAGUGCAAGCACAGUGGGUAUUACUGACGUACUGUGCGCUACACACCUCUAUGUAUACAUGGGCUUAGCGUGUGCUGUGUCACGCAAUGUGGCUCUACCAACCUACACUUACCUGCGGGGAUGCAGCCUGUGCGCUCUCAUUACACUAUAAAUAACUCCCAUCCCUGCUCAGGGACCCCUCUACCUGCAGUGUGUCUGCUCUUUUUGCCUUUCUGGUACCUACCUGCCCCCCUGUACUUACCUCUCCCUCCUUUUCUCUUGUACCCUCCUCUCCCACCUGUCUCCUUGGUACCAAUCCCACUCUGCCCCCUCUCACUGGUACCCACCUCUCCUCUUCCCUCUCACUGGUACCCACCUCUCCUCUUCCCUCUCACUGGUACCCACCUCUCCUCUUCCCUCUCACUGGUACCCGCCUCUCAUAUUACCUCUCACUGGUACCCACCUCUCAUAUUACCUCUCACUGGUACCCUUCUGUCCUCUCCCAGCUGUCUCCUUGGUACCAAUCCCACCCUGCCCCCUUCACGCUCACUGGUACCCACCUCUCAUAUUACCUCUCACUGGUACCCUUCUCUCCUCUCCCAGCUGUCUCCUUGGUACCAAUCCCACCCUGCCCCCUUCACUCUCAAUGGUACCCACCUCUCAUAUUACCUCUCACUGGUACCCUUCUCUCCUCUCCCAGCUGUCUCCUUGGUACCAAUAUCACUCUGCCCCCUUCCCUCUCAUUGGUACCCUUCUCUCCUCUCCCAGCUGUCUCCUUGGUACCAAUCCCACUCUGCCCCCUUCCCUCUCACUGGUACCCACCUCUCAUCUUCCCACUCACUGGUACCCUUCUGUCCUCACCCAGCUGUCUCCUUGGCACCAAUCCCACUCUUCCCCUUCUCUCUCUGGUACCCAUCUCCCACCCAGCUGUCUAUGUGCCUCUCUCUACACAGAUGGUUUGCUGCCCAACUCCCUGUGCCCCUUUAGCCUGGCCUUCUAGUUUGUCUCCCUGACAUUCAGAAGCCAUAAUGUACCAGUUUAUACCCCUCCACUACCCAAAACUUAGUGACAUAAACUAAUUGCUAGACUGUUCCCCAAAAACAGCAGAGUUGUUACUUAUUUAUUUGUACCUUUGUCUACUGGUGAAUGUAAAUCUGAAUAAACGCCUUCUCCUCACAAA